AUGUCAUGUAAACCAAUAUAUCAAACUCCUGAAAAUAUUAUGUUACAAAUUGAUGACAGGUCAUAUGAUGGUAUUCAUGAAGAGGGAGAUGGUGAUGAAGGAAAAGACAAUGAUGAUGUUCAUAAAGGAAGAGAUUACAAUGACAAUGUUCGUGAAAGAAGUGGUGAUGAUUAUUCUUUUAAUGAUGACAUUAACUCUAAUAAUAAAUACAAUGAUCAAGAUAUUUUGCAAUAUAAUAUUUCAGAUAUAUCAAGAAAAUAUAAACAAAAAAAUAUAGUUAAUAUUGAACUGAUAAAAAUACCUGAAAAAUAUGUUGCUAAUGGUAACGAUAGUUAUUUGGUCCCUUCAAAAUUUUUAGAAAGAUUAAAUGCUCAAAAUAAAAAAGGUAUUGUAGCUAUUAUUAAAGAUAUUCAAAAAGUAUCAUUACAUCCUACUGCAAAAUUAUUUAAGGAAUAUCUCGAGGCUUAUAUUAAAAUGCAGUCUAAAGAAUAUAUAAAGGAUAUUAAAGAACGUAGAUGA